UAGACCAGCUAACAGCAUGUAAGCAUGUAACGCUUCAUCGAUAUGUUAUCACCAGUAUAUAACAAAUGGUGGCUUCAUAAAGAUGGAAACUAACGGAGGUCCAUAUGUCCUUGGGAUUGACCUUGGCACAACGUCAGUCAAGGUCAGUUUACUCCGGCGGGAGUGUGGAUCCGUGAUGUCAACGGUAUCCAAGGCUACCAAGGCUGAUGUGCUGAGUGACAUAGACACAGGAUCUGAACAGACGCCGUCAAAAAUAUUCUCUACGCUACAACAGUGUCUGUCCGAACUUCCGGAGGACAGACGCCGUCAGGUCACCUGUAUUGGGGUCACUGGUCAGAUGCAUGGGGUCGUUUUGUGGAAAAAGCUGAAGUGUGAGGGUUGGUACGAUCCUCCCACAAGCACUUUAUAUACCUGGCAGGACCAACGGUGUACAACUGAGUUCCUCGGGUCAUUACCUCAACCAGAUUCACACCUCCCGCUCUCGACCGGACACGGAUGUGCUACUUUGUGUUGGCUACAUCGAGACAGACCGGAAGUGGUGGCUAAGUACACAUGUUCUGGUACCAUCAUGGACCUGUUGGUGGCGCUGCUCUGCGGCCUAGCUACUCCCAUCACUACGGUACAACUGGCGGCCAGCUUCGGGUUCUACAAUACCAAGACAAUGUCAUGGAACAAAGAUAUUCUUCGAAAAAUCGGUUUUCCUGUAGAAAUAUUGCCAACUGUACAGAAGCCAGGUCACGUGGCUGGAAACAUGCAAUAUGAUUGGAUGGGCAUCAGUAAAGGCACGCCCAUUCUGGCAGCUUUAGGAGAUGUGCAAUGUGCUGUCUUCUCCGUGGUCACCGGCGCAACAGACGCAGUUUUGAAUAUGAGUACCUCCAGUCAAAUGAUGUUUCCGGUCAGACCAGAAGGUGGAGUACCCGAUAAACCGGAUGUGACGUCACCCAUCCAGUACUUCCCAUACUUCGACGGUAGCUACCUUGCUAUGGCCGCCAGUCUCAAUGGAGGCAAUGUUCUCUCACACAUGGUUGCCAUGCUACAGCAGUGGUUUGGGACGUUUGGAUUCAACGUUGCUGAAGAUGAUCUCUGGACCAAGCUGCUACAGGUGAGUUCAGACGCUUCCCCAGGACCUGUUAUUGUUCCGACACUUUAUGGAGAGCGACACCUUCCGGAACAACAAGUUAGUGUUUCCGGUCUGACGCGAAACAACCUUGACCUUGGGUCAAUUUUUCGGUCUCUUUGCAAAGGUCUUAUAGCGAACUUGUGUGACAUGAUGCCAGAGUCUGCUAUCAGGAAACAUGGCAUCACAACUAUCAUAGCAACCGGGUCUGUUGUCGAUAGAAACCCGGUUAUCAGAGAGGAAGUGACACAGCAUUAUGAAAAAUUCAAAGUGCUGUUUGGUAACAGUUGUGACUCGGCUACCGGAGCUGCACUGUUCUGUGUGAAACAAUUGAAAUAAUAUCGAAAAAAUGUUGCUAAAUGUGUUAUGUCUUUUGUUCCGUGUUUUAAAACUGACACCCGUAUGCAAUGACGUAUAAAGUAUGGUAAAACUACAAGGACCAGAUAAAUAAUAAAGAUGGUGGUUACCUUUGUUAUAACGUCCGCAUUUUCAAUCAUUAUUU